UUAGAAAGUUUACGAAUGAGAAUUUGAUUUAUUUGAAUUUUGAGCCAUGAUUUAAAGCCUACUUUAUAGAUGGGUAAGAGGGCUUCUUCAAUCUGAACUUGUUUGUCGAAGGUUGGAUGCAUCCUCUCUGCUAGAGGUUACGGAGAUUUGGUCCAUCCGAUAAUGGAAGAGGAUACCAACUGCCUUCCGUGUGGAAAGAAAAGAAAGAUGCCCCUUUGUGUUCUCUUCAAGGAUGCAAGGAAUGUUUUAAAGAUGGAUGAGCUUGGCUCUGAGAUAGCCCAAAUUGCAUUUCCUGCAGCCAUGGCUUUGACAGCUGACCCCAUUGCUUCCCUAAUUGACACUGCAUUUAUCGGCCAAAUAGGUCCAGUGGAGCUUGCUGCUGUGGGAGUUUCUAUUGCUCUGUUUAAUCAAGUUUCAAGGAUCGCAAUAUUCCCACUUGUCAGUGUCACAACUUCUUUUGUUGCAGAGGAAGAUACUGUUGGAAGAAUGAACACUCAUGACGAUGAAAACGAAAACAUGGAAAUGGGGUUAGCUCCAAACAGUGAAAUGAAAGAGUUGAUUCCAAAAUUUGAUUCUGAAAAAAUCACCCACAGUUCAGCACUUUUUUCUGGUGGAAAUUCAAACAUGUCCAAGUUUCAGCAUGAGAAGAGGCAAAUCCCAUCAGCAUCAUGUGCAUUGGUUAUUGGAGGGGUGCUUGGUCUUGUCCAAGCCAUAUUCCUAAUUUUUGGAUCAAAACCUCUCUUAAAUUUCAUGGGAGUAAAAUCGGAUUCCCCUAUGCUGAACCCAGCACAACAAUACUUGACAUUGAGGUCUCUUGGUGCUCCUGCAAUUCUUCUCUCGCUGGCCACACAAGGGGUAUUUCGAGGACUUAAAGACACAAAAACUCCUUUAUAUGCAACUUUGGCUGGAGAUGUAAUAAAUAUCAUUUUAGAUCCCAUACUUAUAUUUGUUUUCCAUUGGGGUGUUAGUGGCGCAGCAAUAGCCCAUGUUAUUUCUCAGUACCUAAUUUCAUUAAUACUGUUAUGGAGAUUGAUCAAGAAAGUUGACCUUGUAUCACCAAGUCUCAAAGAUUUGAAACUUGGGAGGCUUCUUAAAAAUGGUUUUUUGUUGUUAGUGAGGGUGAUAGCUGUGACAUUCUGUGUGACCCUGGCAGCAUCAAUGGCUGCACGGCUAGGGUCAACACCCAUGGCUGCAUUUCAGGUCUGCUUACAGAUUUGGUUGGCAACAUCUCUUCUUGCUGAUGGGUUGGCUGUUGCUGGUCAGGCAAUUCUUGCUAGCGCAUUUGCUAAAAAGGAUUAUAGCAAGGCAACAGCUACUGCAUCCCGGGUGUUACAGUUGGGUUUUGUUCUAGGGUUAGUGCUCUCUGUUGUCCUUGGAGUUGGCUUGCAAUUUGCAUCAAGGUUAUUCACCAAGGACAUCAAUGUUCUUCACCUCAUAAGCAUAGGCAUCCCGUUUGUAGCAGCUUCUCAGCCACUCAAUGCGUUGGCUUUUGUUUUUGAUGGUGUCAACUUUGGGGCCUCUGAUUUUGCAUAUUCUGCUUAUUCCAUGGUUCUUGUAGCCACAGUGAGCAUUCUGUGUGUGUUAAUUCUCUCUGCAAGCCAUGGUUUUGUUGGAAUUUGGGUAGCUUUGACAACCUAUAUGAGUCUUCGCACCUUUGCUGGCUUUUGGAGGAUUGGGACUAGCAGUGGGCCUUGGAGCUUUCUCAGAACCAUGUCAUUAUCUUCCUAUGGUGACAACUUAUAGCACAAAAGAAUUUUGUAUGAGUUGCUAAUUCACAAUGGCUCGUCCAAUGGGAAGCAUUUGAUGUCUUGGAAUAUCAGCUGUCAACAUUUUUGGAUCAGCACUUGUACCUGUGAGAUCUUCUCUAUGUAGUAUCUUUGUAUAUAUCUCCUGCAAUUGUUUGGUUCUCUGCUUGCAAAGUUGCAUAUCACUGAAGCUGAAAAUAGGACUACGCUUGGCCACCCAGUGAGGAAUGCGAUGUCGGGAAGAGAUUUUACUAUUUACUCAAUUGUUUAUUACUAUAUUCAAACAACAUCCCCUCCCCCCCCCCCCCAAAAAAAAAAAAAGUUUGUUUCUAUACAAUAUUUUGCUUUCUUGAGUUUGUUUGAACAUUACAUUUUCUUUAGAACUUUGAUUUAUGAGUGAACAAUAAGACUAAUUGGUUGAAGAGAAAAAAUUACACAGCGAUGCCAAAUGAGUAGAAGAAAAAAAUUGAGUGAUAGAAAAGAACAUAUAUGAAAGCCCAGGAAAGAAAAGGGUGAGGUAGGAGAAGGACAAGAUUAAAAUGUAUUUUUCCUUUUUAAGAAAGAAAAGAAAAAAAAAAUGUUAAUUUCUUGUCAAGGCUGGAUCAUUUUACUUUCAGCAUGUUCUAUCUAUUGGAUCAUAUUGGUGAAGGUUGGAUCAAUAUUAACAAUUUUAUGUAGUGUUUGUGCUUGCCGGGUGUGUAUAUCUGGCAGAGCACGUCCAUGUGGUACAGGAUGGUUCCAAGUCCUGUGAUGGUCUGGACUCGUACAAUUAACAUAAAAAUAUGGACUGGUUCCUAGCUGACAAAGAUCUCAGUGCGGCGGCCACUUUGAUGUUGAGUUCCCAAUACUUGAAGUGUUCACUGUUUUUUGGAUGAAAACCUGUAGUGCUUAUUGGUUUGAAGACUGAAACCCUGGAAAGUUUGUCUGCAACCAGUGAAGAAAUAUUGCAGCACCAUGGAUGAUUUUUUUUUUAUCAGAUUUGGACAUAACAUGUUAAGGUACGUCAUCUAUUGUUUUCUCUCUCUAAUUGCAUUACUAAAUUGAGCUCGGAUUAGUUGGCUGGGUUUGUUUUCCUCAUGGAUUUCAGAUGCAACCGGAGAAUCUAGGGGGGCCUUGCAAAGUACUAGGUAGCUUGCUCUUUCCAGUUUCCAGGAGAUUAGGAGGUAUUAAUAACUUGACCUGUUUCGAGUGUUUUUGUCUGAACAGCAAUUUUUUAGGCUUGAUUUGCCUUAAUUUUUCGAUUAAUUUUGCUGGCUUUAUUUUGAUAUAAGACAGCAAUUGAUGUGGACAACAUGUAAACUGAGUUUUGAGGUUUGGCAAAAAUGUAAACUUGUUUGUUUUUUAA